AGAGUGCUGCUCAAAAUGUUGAAACAAAUUCUUCUCGUCGCUAUUAUUUUAAAUUUAGGAGUAUCUGCGUAUAAGAAGAAAAGCUUGAUUCAUAAUCAUGACAAAGUGAUCGUAUCAAACGACGACUUUAUUGGAUGCCCAGUUAACAAUGAUUUCUAUUACAAUGGAACCAUUAAUUCACCAUUGUAUCCAUACAAUUAUCCUCCAAAUGACAAGUGUUACUAUUACAUUUCUGCUGAACCAGGAAAAGUUCUCAAGAUUUCAUUCUCUCAUUUUGAUUUGGAAUCUUGCUGUGACUUCAUCACAAUUUAUGAUGGACCAACUGUAGUGUCGAAGAAACUUGUACAAAUCGGUGGACCUGGAUCUAAUGUAACCAGUGCUGGAACUUACUACACAACGACAAGAAACGCCGUAGUAACUUUUGAAUCAAACCCAACUAUUCAGAAAUCUGGAUUUUCGAUGCAAUAUCAGUCGGUGAAUACCGUGGCACCAUGUAACCGUGACAUAUUCCUGAUUGUAAAUGGGUUAGCCAACGUUGGAUCCCAGGCAAAUUACCAAAAAGAAAUCAAUUUUAUCGCCAAUCAAUUGACACCAACUUGGAAUGUCGGACUUGAUAAAGUUAGAGUUAUGCUCAACCUUCAGACAGACAUUGAUUAUGCAAUUGUUUGGUCAGCUGAUGAUGUUCCAUCAAAUGCCAAUGUUACACAAGAAGUUCUAAAUAUGUUGGAAUAUGUUCCAGAUGUUACAACAGACAAUAACAUGGAUCUUGAAUGUCUUUUCCGUUAUGCUUUUGACGGUCUUGAUGAUAGUAAAGAAUUCGAUGAAAGAUAUGGAAUCGAAAAGGUUGUCAUCAUUUUUGUGGCUGCCAAUGCAAAUAACGAUCAAGAUUACAAUGAAUCAUUCGAGUUUGCUCAUAAAAUUCGAACAGAACAAGAUGCUAAGGUGAUCGUUGUUGGUAUGGGAUCAGGACUUGAUCAAACUCGCUUGUCUAAACUCGCAUAUGCCUCUGGAUAUGCUUUCUUUUCGACCAGCUAUGAUAAUUUAUCAUCAUUGAUUCCAAAAAUCAAUAAUGCUAUUUGUUCGGGACUUAGUUCUCAAUGUGGACCAUAGAUUUGCAACUUUAAAAUAGAUCUAUUGUCGUUGGAAUGUGAAUAAAGUUGUGAUACGC